UUUACAUUUAUACAUCUCAUUCACUCUCUAUCUAUAUGUCUCCUUCAUUAUUUAUCCCACAUCUUCUCUCCCUUCUAUUUGUAUAGCUACUAUUUGUUAAACAUAGCCAUUUUGGUUACUCCCCUUCUUCCUCUCCUCCUUUAGUUUUAUUUAUCCAUCUUCAUAUGGUUUAGGACGUUAUUGAUCUGAUUCCACUUUCCAUUUGCCUCGAAUUCGAUUUUUUUUCUUUCUUUCCUUUGUUUACAUUCUAGGGGUUUUAACGUUUUUUCUAUUGUAAUUAAACUCCUAAAUCCUUGUAAAUUCAUAUUUGUUUUCUUUUGAAGAAACUACGAUUAAGGUCGAUCUUCUUUUCUUUUUAUUAGAUAAAAUAUAGAAAUUAUCUUCAAUGGCACAACUCCCUCCUAAAAUCCCCAACAUGACACCACAUUGGCCUGAUUUCUCUUCCCAAAACCUCACCGCAACCGCUUCAACCGCCGUACAAAACCCUUCAUGGGUAGACGAGUUCCUCGACUUCUCAGCUUGUCGCCGUGGAAACCACCGUCGUUCCAUAAGUGAUUCCAUCGCUUUCCUCGAAGUUCCAUUCGUCAGAGGCCACGGUAGCACCCAAAACAACCACUUCGAUAAAUUCGACGAUGAGCAAUUCAUGUCCAUGUUCAAGGACGACAACGACUUGCAUAAUAAUCCUUCCCAUAACAACAACAAUGCGGGGACCACUGGCUCUUCCUCGAAUACAUCCACGUUGUCCGAUCAUAACAGCUUUAACGGCGACAAAGAACCACCGUCCGAUCAUAAUAUGAAACAUAAAAACGACGAGGUCCACAGCCAGUGCAAGACGGAGCCUGAGGACGGUGCGGCGUCAAAUAACAAUUCAGGCGAUAGCUCAGUCACCAGAAUUCUUGAUCCCAAAAGGGUUAAGAGAAUAUUAGCAAAUCGGCAAUCAGCACAGAGAUCAAGGGUGAGGAAACUGCAAUAUAUCACGGAGCUCGAACGUAGCGUUACUUCAUUGCAGGCGGAAGUGUCAGUGUUAUCGCCAAGAGUUGCGUUCUUGGACCAUCAGCGUUUGCUUCUCAACGUGGACAACAGCUCUCUCAAGCAACGAAUCGCUGCUUUAGCCCAAGACAAAAUUUUCAAAGACGCGCAUCAAGAAGCAUUGAAGAGGGAAAUAGAAAGGCUUCGAGAAGUGUAUCAACAACAAAGCCUCAAGAAAAUGGAUAAUGCAAAUCAUUUACAGGCCACAGGAACCGUAGCUAAUUCGGCCGUUGACAUCAAGCCGUCUAAUGAAAAUUAAAAGAGGAGCUCUUCAAUGUAUGAUAAGUCAUCAGAAUCAACAAUAUUCUACUCACUUUUCUUUGCAAAAGGUUCUUGACCGUAUAAAAUUUAUUUCGGUCAGGAAUAUAUAUUAGAAGACGGCAUUUUUUUUAUUCUUAUCACCAUUUUUUAAAGUUGUGGUGAAUUCAGUUUGAUAUCGAUGUAUCUUAUCUUUUAUUCUAUGUCGUUUUUCUGUGGGGUUAAUGUAAGGGGAGUCAUCAAUUGUUGUUUAUACAAAGAACUAGUUGAUUUGUUAAGCUUUUAUAUA